AUGCCUCACCACGGAGCAUCUCCCACUCCAUCAGAAGGGGAGAUUGAUAUCCUAGGCUCCCUCUACCCCGGCGACGAUGGUGACCAAGCCGUCCCGACGAAUCAAGAUGUCGACUUUGAUAACCUGAUCAAUGGCCCGACGGGGGAUGAUUCCGAUGGAGAUGAAGCCUUUAUCGCGCUGCAGCAAGCUGCCUCUUACCGCAAAGCGUCUAACUUGAAGGGGAAAACGGUGAAGAAAGGCGGAGGCUUUCAGGCAAUGGGUCUAAAUGCAAACCUUCUCAAAGCCAUCACACGAAAGGGAUUCUCGGUCCCGACCCCGAUUCAGCGAAAAACGAUCCCUCUUGUUCUCGACAGGCGAGAUGUGGUCGGCAUGGCUCGAACAGGUUCCGGAAAGACGGCGGCGUUCGUGAUCCCGAUGAUUGAGAGGCUGCGAGCGCACAGCGCCAAGAUUGGCGCUCGGGCUCUCAUCAUGUCCCCCUCCCGCGAGCUGGCCAUCCAAACGCUCAAGGUCGUCAAGGAAUUCAGCCGAGGAACCGAUCUCAAGUGCGUGUUGCUGGUUGGUGGUGACAGUCUGGAGGAGCAGUUUGGAUUCAUGACGGCGAACCCCGACAUUGUGAUUGCAACCCCCGGUCGAUUCCUUCAUUUGAAAGUCGAAAUGUCGCUCGAUCUCUCCUCUAUUCAGUAUGUGGUUUUCGACGAAGCUGAUCGGCUUUUCGAAAUGGGUUUUGCUGCCCAAUUGACCGAAAUCCUCCACGCUCUACCUCCGUCCAGACAAACACUGCUAUUCUCUGCAACUUUACCAGCGUCUUUGGUGGAAUUCGCCCGCGCCGGUCUUCAGGAUCCCAGCCUCAUCAGACUGGAUGCAGAGACAAAGGUCUCCCCAGAUCUGGAGAGCGCAUUCUUUUCGGUCAAAGGUGCCGAGAAGGAAGGGUGCCUCCUGCAUAUUCUCUACGAUAUCAUCAAAGUGCCACUGGGUCCCCCGGCCACGGCAGCCGAUACCGAUGACAAGGGUUCCAAGAAGCGAAAGCGAGGGCCUGAGAAGCCAACAGAGCACUCGACAAUCGUCUUCACGGCUACGAAACAUCAUGUCGAGUAUGUUGCCACUCUACUUCGAGAAUCAGGAUUUGCCGUGUCCCACGUAUACGGUUCCCUAGAUCAGACAGCCCGUCGAAUCCAAAUCGAAGAUUUCCGGAACGGCAAGACAAACAUUCUCGUUGUCACAGAUGUCGCCGCUCGUGGUGUCGAUAUCCCAGUGCUCGCCAACGUCAUCAACUACGAUUUCCCAACCCAGCCCAAAAUCUUCGUCCAUCGAGUCGGUCGUACCGCCCGUGCCGGCCGGCAGGGAUGGAGUUACAGUCUCGUAAGAGACAUCGAUGCCCCCUACCUCAUUGAUCUUCAGCUUUUCCUUGGCAAGAGGUUAGUUGUUGGCCGGGAGGAACCUGCGCCUUCUUUCACCGAAGACGUUGUGGUCGGCGCGCUGAAGCGAGACAACGUCGAAGUCAACGUCGAAUGGUUGAACAAGAUCCUCAAGGACAUCGAGGACAUCAACGCCCUCCGCAAGGUUGCGGGCAAGGCCGAGAAGCUCUAUAUGAAGACGAGAAACUCGGCGGCAAGCCAGAGCGUGAAGCGGGCGCGCGAGAUGGUAAAGUCCAACGGCUGGAUGCAGCUCCACCCCGUGUUUGGCGACCAAGACGCCGACGGGAGCGAGCAGGCGCGCGCAAACAUGCUGGCGGUGAUCAGCGGCUACAGGCCGAACGAGACCAUUUUCGAAGCCAGCCACGGUGACAAGGGGAAGAGCCGCGCCGCAGAAGUCAUGAGGAACAUAAGGCAAAAGAUUACGCCGAAGAACAGGGUCAAGGCGGACGAGGACGAGGACGAGGACGAGGACGAUGAGGAGUUUGAUGGAGUCACAACUAUGCAAAACGAAGACAACUCGGAUGAGGAGAUGGAAGAAGCGGGUAUCGGGGCUUUCGAUGACGAUGACGACGACGACGGACUCGAGGUGACCGUCUCGAACACCAGCGCCUCGAACAAGGGCAAGACGGACUGGCGAGACUCGGAGGUCUUCAUGUCCUACACGCCCCGCACCAUCAACUCGGCCGAGGAGCGCGGCUACGGCGUCCACUCGGGCGGCGCGGGCUCCAGCUUCGUCGAGGCCGCCCGUGACGCCACCAUGGACUUCACCAACGACGAGACGGCCAAGUCCUUCGGCGUCCCCACGCGGUCCAAGAUGCGCUGGGACUCCAAGUCGCGCAAGUACGUCUCCCGUGACAACGACGAGGACGGCUCCAAGGGCGCCAAGAUGGUGGUCGGCGAGAGCGGCGUCAAGAUCGCGGCGAGCUUCCAGAGCGGCCGCUUCGACAGGUGGAAGCGCGCCCAGCGGAUCGGCAAGAUGCCCCGCGUCGGCGAGUUCGAGCGCCCCGGCGCCUCGAGCCAGCUGCCUUCCGGUGCGCGGUACAAGCAUAAGCAGGAGAAGGCGCCCAAGGAGGCGGACAAGUACCGUGAUGACUUCAGAGUACGGAAGAAACGGGUCGACGAGGCGCGGGAGAAGCGCAUCGGCAGGUUCAGAGACGGCGACGGAAGCAAGAAGGAGAUCAAGGGAAUUACGGAUAUCAGGAAGGCCAGAGACGAGAAAGACAGGAGGAAAGCAAAGAAUGCUCGCCCGUCUAAGAGGAAAUUUUAA